AUGGACAUAGAAUACGAUUGGCUCACUCAUCAUCUUCACGCUUGCGCUAUCAAAGGUGGGUGUUCGAAACUCACCAAGAAACGCUUGACUCCAGAAACACUCGAGCUGAAAGGCCAGCAUGGAUUUGCGCGAUCUGCAGGCAACCGUCAACUCUCGUUCUCGUCCGAACUUGCAAAACAAUGCAGACAAAUGAUAAAAGAAGGUCUUAUAAAGAUAAUAGCAGCAGUGGUAGUCGAAGCAGCAGAACCCGGAAAGAGCACUCACAAACUCACCGAAUGA